CUCGCGAGGCCGCGCGCGCCCGCCGCCCGCGUCCGCCCGCACGUCGCCCGGUGUCCGCGCCAUGGCGUCCGGCCCGCUGCUGCCGCGGCUGCUCGGCGCGGGUGCCCCGCGCAGGCCGCUCCGGCUGCACCUCGUCCCGACGGCGACCCCGGGCCCGGCCGGGCCGACGGGCAGGACGCUGGGGAGCAACGCGGCCCCCGCCGCCCGCGAGCCCGAGCUCAGCAACGGUCUCAGGGACAGGAUCCUCAGCGAGCCUCUCAAGCACGCCGACUUCUUCAACCUCAAGGAGCUGUUUUCCGUGCGAAGUCUCUUCGACGCCCGGGUGCACCUGGGACACAAAGCCGGCUGUCGACACAGGUUCAUGGAGCCGUACCUCUUCGGGAGCCGCCUGGGCCAGGACGUCAUCGACCUGGAGCAGACGGCCGCGCACCUGCAGCUGGCCUUGAAUUUCACGGCCCACGUCGCGUACCGCGAGGGCAUCAUCCUGUUCGUGAGCCGGCACCGGCAGUUCGCCCACCUGAUCGAGACCACGGCCCGGGACUGCGGCGAGUACGCGCACACCCGCUACUUCAAGGGCGGCCUGCUGACCAACGCGCCGCUCCUCCUGGGCCCCGGGGUCCGCCUGCCCGACCUCAUCAUCUUCCUGCACACGCUCAACAACGUCUUCGAGCCCCACGUGGCCGUGCGGGACGCGGCCAAGAUGAACAUCCCCACAGUGGGCAUCGUGGACACCAACUGCAACCCCGCGCUCAUCACCUACCCCGUGCCCGGCAACGACGACUCGCCGCCGGCCGUCCGCCUCUUCUGCAGGCUCUUCCAGGCCGCCAUCAGCCGGGCCAAGGAGAAGCGCAGGCAGGUCGAGGCCCUGUACCGGCUGCAGGGCCCGGCGGCCCCCCCGCCCCCCGAAUGAGCCGGCAGCCCGGCGGGUUCCCGGGCCGCGAGAGCCCUGGGGCCGCUGCGCUGCCCGGUGGGCCCAGGCCUGGCGUCUGUGCCGCCAGGAACGGUUCUCAGCAGCUGCCGCCCGCCCGGUGCCCAGGCUCCCCCUCCCUCCUCGGCCCCGCGGACUCACAGGGCAGGCGGCCUGUCCCCGGAGCCCAAGAUCCCUGCUUCUACCCUGAGACGGUGCCUUGCGUGUCAGGAAGGCUCCCACGCCAGGCCGACUUUUCUUCUCGACCCGAACCCCCUCGGCUGGGCUGCUUCCCCUGCCGCCUGGUUUCUUCUGCGAGGUUGCAGGAAGAGUCCGUCUGGGUUGGGCCAGGCCAGGCCGACAGCACGAUUCCAACAGCAAUAAAACUUGAUUUGGGCAAAAUGGGGCCCGGGCCGUUG